AUAUAUCAAUUAUGACGAGAAUUAAAACACUUUGGGUAAGUACUACUGAUCAGUACUCCAGUAGCAUUAAAACGGUCAUCAGCGAAACGACAAGAAUGCUACGGACGGCUAAGAACAAGUUAUCACCAUGGAACAUGCAAUUUAAAACAAGAAGAAAUGUCCUUACAAAAGCUGAAGAAAAUAUAAAUCCUCGAGCUUCUGUACCAGAAUUCGCAGAUGUUGUUAUUAUCGGGGGUGGGGCAGCUGGUUGCAACGCAUUGUAUCAUUUAUCAAAACUCGGUACCAAUGCAAUUUUACUUGAAAAAUCAAAAUUAACUUCUGGCACAACUUGGCACACUUCUGGUAUGUUUUGGAGAUUACGACCUAAUGACGUGGACAUACAGCUAUUAGACGGUACUAGAAGGACUUUGAUGCAACUAGAAGAAGAGACCGGAGAAAAUCCAGGAUUUAUACAAAACGGAGGACUUUUUAUUGCCCAUAAUGAAACCAGAAUGGCUGAGUACAAAAGACUCGUGACUGCUGGCAAGUACUUCGGAAUUGAGGCUCACGUCCUAACACCUGAGGAAACUAAAAAAUUGUACCCGUUCAUUGAUGAAAGUACUUUCACUGGAGCUAUUUAUAGUCCACAAGACGGUACCAUUGACCCCAGUAUUUUUAUUAAUGCAUUAACUAAAUACGCAAAAAUCCAAGGAUCUCGAAUUAUUGAAGAUUGCCCGGUGCACAAAAUAAUAACGCAGGAGAAUGAAUACGGCGGGAAGUAUGUGACAGGAGUGGAAACUCCUUUCGGGACAAUAAGAACAAAGUGCGUAUUAAAUGCAGCAGGAGUGUGGGCUGGAAGUCUAGCAAAACUAGCCGGUGUAAAUAUACCCCUGAUACCAAUGAAACACGCGUACGUGGUCAGUGAACCCAUUGAAGGUGUCCAAGGUCUUCCCAACAUACGCGACCAUGACGGCAGUCUCUAUAUAAAAGUACAAGGGUCUUCCCUGCAGAUCGGCGGCUAUGAGCCAAAUCCCAUUAUUCUAAAAUCCGUUCCUCGGGACUUUUCCUUCACUUUGUACGAACUCGACUGGACGGUUUUCAACACCCACAUUAACGCGAUGAUGGAACUGGUCCCCAAGUUAAAAUCCACUGGCAUAAAAACUACAGUCUGUGGUCCCGAGUCAUUUACUCCAGAUCAUAAGCCACUCAUGGGCGAGGAUCCGAAACUCAGCGGUUUCUUUUACUCAUGUGGGUACAACAGUGCCGGGAUGAUGUACGCCGGAGGCUGUGGUGAACAAAUAGCAUCUUGGAUCGUGAAUGGACGUCCAGAAAAGCACAUGUUUGCUUACGAUAUACGGAGAUUCACUUCCGAUCAAGUCAGAGACCCCGUCUGGGCCAACGAACGCUCACACGAAGCUUACGCCAAAAACUACAGCAUCGUUUUUCCUCAUGACUCGCCGCUCAGCGGACGUAAUUUCAAGAAAGACAUUUUUCAUAAUCUGCUGAUAAAAAAUGGAGCUGUCAUGGAAGAAGCACAGGGAUGGGAACGACCUGGAUGGUAUCAACCGGGAAAAAUAACUUUGAUUCCACCCUAUGAUUAUUAUGGUGCCUAUGGGUCAAUUAAAAAUAAAAGAAAUGAUUACGCUGAAGUACUUAAAAAAGAUUAUACAUUUGAUUUUCCUGAGCAUCAUGACACGAUUGGAUCCGAAGCAUUGGCUUGCAGAAAUAAGGCAGCUUUAUUUGAUUUGUCAUAUUUUGGUAAAUUUUAUUUAUGCGGCGCCCAAUCACAGGAGGCUGCUAAUUAUUUAUUUACCGCAAACGUUAAUCGUGAAAUUAAUAGCACCGUUUAUACUUGCGCGUUGAAUAAACAUGGGGGAGUUGAAGCUGAUUGUACUGUUACCGCAAUAGAACCUGGUUCCGGUGGUGUUGCUGAUCCAAUUUUCCAACGGAAAGCAUUUUAUAUCGUUGCUGGAGGAAUGUCUUCAUACCACACAUUUUCGCACUUGAAUAAAGCGAUAAGAAAAAAAGGAUUCGAAGCGACAAUUCACGACGCCACUGACACCAUGGGAAUUUUAUCAAUCCAAGGGCCAAAUAGCCGUUACAUACUGGAAGAAGUAUCAGACAAAGAUUUGUCAGAUGCCCAGUUUCCCUUUUCUACUUCAAAGAUUAUCGACAUAAAAGGCUGCCUCGUCAGAACCUUACGUCUAAGUUUUGUCGGGGAACUGGGAUAUGAGCUGCACAUUCCCGUUCAGUCUUGCGAAAAAAUUUUCAACGCUCUGAUGGAAGCUGGCAAGGAGUACGGGUUAAAAUUAGCAGGUUUCCGUGCUAUGUAUAGUUUGAGUCUCGAGAAAGGAUACCAUUUAUGGAACAGCGACUUAAGGAUGGAUGACAAUCCCAUUGAAGCUGGACUUGGUUUUCUUUGUCGUCGGCAUGGAGAAUACAUCGGCAAGAAAGCUGUUGAUAAAUUGCGCGCCAAUGGUAUUAAGCGUAAACUGGUUCACUUUCAUCUUAAAGAUAAACGAGUACCUUUGUGGGGACUGGAAGCUAUUUAUCGUGAUAAUAAACUCGUUGGGUAUUUAAGAAGAGCUGAAUACUCUUAUAUUUAUAAUAACAGUAUUGGACAUGGAUAUAUCACUCAUCCAAAUGACGAAAAUAUAACAAAACAAUUCAUAGAAACAGGUGACUAUGAAAUAGAAUCAAUGGGCCAAAGAUAUCCCGCACGAGCAUACGCACACACUCCAUUUGAUCCAGAAAACAAAAGACUGCACGGCAAUUAUAAUUAAUUGCACAUAU